AUGACUGGUCGUGGUGGUGGCGGUGGUCGCCGUCUUAUGCUGCCUCCCAUCAAGUAUAUCUUCGAGCUUCUCCGAGAACACGCCACAGUCAGCAUCUGGCUGUACGAGCAGCUCUCCAUCCGUAUUGAAGGCAAGAUCAGAGGAUUCGACGAGUUCAUGAAUCUAGUCAUCGAUGAAGCCGUGGAGGUCAAGCAGGUCACUAAGACUAACGAGAAGGAGACCAGGAGACCUCUUGGUCAAAUAAUGUUGAAGGGAGACAACGUCUCAUUAAUCCAAAACGUCUCGAAAUAA